AACAAAUCUUUACAGAGGGAAUUGUUUUUGUUGCACGGGCUUCCUACCUGUUAAGUGUACAUAUGGUAGGGCAGUGAUUCUUCUCUCAGCAGAAAAAGAAAAACAUGUCCCAGACAAACUCUAAGCCUUUCCCAUGUAAGUGUUCAGACUGUGAGGUGCCUAAAUAUAUACUGUGCAAUGAAUAAGCGUUUGCUCUGUUGGAGCUUAACUCCCUGAAGACUUUGAUGCUGUUUGCCUGUAUAGAGCAAUCUUGAAUAUUGCUCAUGGGGCCAGUCAUUGUGUUCAGAAAUAGUCUUUACAUCUGGUUCAUGUGAACAGCCAAUGUAGAGCUGUGUUACAAUGGGAGUUGUUUUAUGCAAUCAAGAGCUGAGGAAGACAGUAGCAAGAGCACCAGAAAUCUUUGCUAAUGAGCAGGUAUUGUAUAAAAGCACAGCAAACACAGUAAGCUUUUAGCAGUUUGGUACUUCACCUUGGUCAUGAAAUCACUUGCAGGUUCAUCCCAGGUCAAACAGUCUGCUCAGUGGGAGAAAGGGGAUCUUGGCAGAUGGUUCCUCUUUCCCUCCCCUUAAAGGAGGGCCACCCUGUAAUGCAGUGUUAGUACAUUGCUAAUUGCAGGUUAACCUUCAUCAGCUCCUGUGGUACCUGGCUGCAAUGUGAUAGGCCUCACCAGAAGAUACAUUUUUGGUGAAACAGUGAAGCGAUGCUAGUUUCAAGUCACCGUGUCCUGGUUUCAUACCAUAGCUUUCUAUACCAACAGCAGAGUCAUUUCCGUUUAAAAUAAAAAAAAAAAUCUACAUGUAUCAGCAAAAUGUUCCUCACAGCUGCAGUGAUCAGCAAAAAAAAAAAAGAGUUGAAGACACUGUGUUGCACAAGGGUGAGGGAUGAGGAAAUCCGUGUUGGUUAGCUUGUGUGGAGGCAAGCUAAGAGCCCUGCAUUAGCCAUAGCACUCCUGUGGUCAGGCUUUGGCAGCAUUAGAGAUUGUUCUGAAAGUAUUUUUAGCUGCUGUAUAUUAGGAUUGUUGUAUGUUAGAAAAUGUAUACUAUUUGUCUCUGGUUCUCCUCCUCUAAGCCUCUUUUCUGUUUCCACUGAAAUAAUUAUCUUGGGACUGAAUAAUGGAUUUUGAUAUAUGUGUUUUUUCUCUGACAUAGCUUCAGUUUUCUCUAGUCUCUGCUUUCUCUCUUUCUUGGUAAGUUUUUUCCAAGUGGUCAAAGUUGCAGAUUCUAAUUCCACUUAAAAUUAAGUGAAGCACUUGAGAGAAAAAAAUCUGCCAACAGUUUUGAUUUUGGCCGAGGUGGUGGAAAAGCAUCACAUGAGUCAGGCAAAUUAGCAAUUCUGCUCUGAAGGCUUUAAAAGGCGCCUAAAACAAACAAGACUAGGGAGGAGAAUGAAGUAUCAAAUCUCCAUUGAGCUGUUGUACACACCUUCAGGCAAAUCCCAGUUAUUAGCAGAUUCCCGAAAUUGGGAAUAACAAAAGAGACAAAACUGGGAGAAAAGAGUCUGGGUUGAGGGGUAGUGUGAUUGUUCUUUCCUGGGUGGAGAUAGUAGGGCAGGAAACAGUCUAGGUCAUGGGUAACAAAACUGUAUUGAACUGCAGGCACGUGCUGCUGGUUGAGGUGGAUGCAUUUGAAGGGUGACUGAGUUUCUACUUGCAGGUAAUUAAAUGCACCUCUGAACUCCAGACCGUGAGGUAAAUCAAUCAUGGUUACUCUUUGUGCAAAACUGGCUCUGAAUUAACACACCAGGUUUGAUGGGAUUUGAGUUAUUCAAUUGACUUAAAUCAUCAAAAUGCCUGAGUAUUCCAAGUAAUGUGUAUGCUUCUGAUGAAUUUGUAUUUGGAAGGUGUUUAGGAGGAAAUGGAAAUGAUGGUCAGGAUAUGAGCAAAAAAUGAGCUCAGGAUAUGAGCAAAAAAUCCUAAAGCUGUGUAGUUACCACCAAAAUGGUGUUUAACAUUCAUAAUCAGUUCUUAACAUAUUUAUCCUUUGGCUGUAAGGGCUGAAAAGAACAUGGCAUGUUUUAAAUGGCAGCUGGAUGUCAUAAUAAUAGCUGUAGUAUUCUUGUUUCUUCUGCUGACAUUUGUUCAGGGUGAAUUGCCUUCUAAAAAACAUUUGCAACUAGUAUCUUGUCCCGAGUUCUUUUCAUGGAAAUGAAAGACUCAGUUUGGAGUUGAAUGAUAUUUUUAUGGGUCACAAGAGUUUUUUUAAAUCCACUUCUUGCAGCCAAAUUAGUAAUGAAAACAUCUGCUUUGAUUAUUUGUUCUGCUGUUUUGCAGAACUUUCUGACGAUUGCACCAUAUCUAUGAUUGCUUAAUGAUUAUAUGCAUUUACAGAUAAUAGCUUCCUCUUGUAAAGCAAACAAAUAAUCUUGUGAAUUUAUGGAGCAUAUAUAUUUUUGAAAACUUUGCUCUACUACACCACUAACGCAAAGCCAGGCAUGAAGUGGUUGCAGAUGAAUUUGGCACAAGGUGGAUGGAAGAAUAAAUAACAAGAGAAACAGAUUGUGGUUCGGAGUCGUGGAGAAUUCACAGUCUUUCUACAAUGGCAGAAAGGACAGAUGAUACAAAACCACAAAUGUCACUGGCUGAAUACAGCCCAGUCAAAAAAUCAAAAAGGACAGGUCGCAGUCGAAAACAGGAUGGAGACCAAGAUACAUUGCAACUGAAGAAAGAAAUAUCUUUAAUAAAUGGGAUAAGCCUCAUAGUAGGCAACAUGAUUGGUUCAGGUAUCUUUGUCUCGCCCAAAGGAGUUCUCAUCUACAGCAAAUCUUAUGGAUUGUCUUUAAUAAUUUGGGCAGUUGGAGGGAUAUUUUCAGUCUUUGGAGCUCUCUGCUAUGCUGAACUUGGAACCACUAUUACUAAGUCAGGAGCCAGCUAUGCAUAUAUCUUGGAGUCUUUUGGGAGUUUCAUUGCUUUUAUUCGUUUGUGGACGUCACUCCUGAUUGUUGAACCAACUAGUCAGGCAAUCAUUGCCAUCACCUUUGCUAACUACAUAGUCCAGCCUUUCUUCCCUUCUUGUGACCCUCCAUAUGUGGCUUGUCGUCUCAUAGCAGCUGCUUGUGAAUGCCUUUUAACAUUUAUAAAUUGUGCCUAUGUUAAGUGGGGCACACGUGUGCAGGAUAUAUUUACUUAUGCUAAAGUCCUUGCUCUUAUCGCCAUCAUCAUCGCUGGAAUUGUUCAAAUCUGCCAGGGGCACACAGGGCACUUCAAGAACUCUUUUGAGGGAUCCUCUAUUGAUAUUGGAGAAAUCUCCCUUGCAUUAUAUUCUGCCUUGUUUUCUUACUCUGGCUGGGAUACACUCAAUUAUGUAACAGAAGAAAUCAAAAACCCAGAAAGGAACUUGCCCCUGGCUAUUGCAGUGUCUAUGCCAAUUGUGACUAUUAUCUAUAUUAUGACCAAUAUAGCUUACUAUACAGUGCUGGAUUCUCAUGCUGUUCUUGCUAGUGAUGCUGUGGCAGUGACAUUUGCUGACAGGGUAUUUGGUAUAUUCAGCUGGACGAUUCCCAUUGCUGUAGCCUUUUCUUGCUUUGGAGGACUUAAUGCUUCAAUUCUAGCAUCAUCAAGGCUGUUUUUUGUAGGAUCUCGAGAAGGUCACCUUCCUGAUCUGUUGUCUAUGAUCCACAUAAAGAGGUUCACACCUGUGCCAGCUCUGCUCUUCAAUUGUUUUAUGACCCUUAUUUACCUGGCUGUGGAAGAUGUCUUCAAGCUGAUUAAUUACUUCAGCUUCAGUUACUGGUUUUUUGUUGGUCUGUCUAUUGCUGGGCAGUUAUAUCUACGUUGGAAAGAACCAGAUCGGCCUAGACCUCUUAAGCUGAGUCUGGCUUUUCCGAUAAUAUUCUGUAUAUGCACAAUAUUUCUGGUGGUAGUGCCACUCUAUAGUGACUUUAUAAAUUCAGUGAUUGGAAUUGGCAUUGCUUUAUCUGGAAUUCCAUUCUUUUUCUUGGGAGUCUAUUUACCUGCAUCAAGGAGACCUCAAUUUAUUAACAAGUUUAUGGGAGCAGUAACACGGAACAUACAGCUGCUCUGUUACUGUGUUUUAACAGAGAUGGACCCAAAUGAAGAAAAGAAACCAGAAAUCAAAUCCAACUAAAGUUUAAAGCCAUUGCAAGAAGCAGGAGGGAGGACAAAGCAAUUACACAAAAGAAAGGGAAGAGCUGGAACUGGAAGACACAGAAAAACUGGUUUGGGUGGUCUUUCAGAAAUGCUGAAAAUAUUCUUACUUGCAGAUGGAUUCCAACAUGGGUCAUGCCCUUGUGUCAUCCUCCUAAACUAUGGCAUGUUUUCAGGGCAGGUUUUCAUUGGAUAAUGAUUGCCUACUCAUUACCUACUCACACAAGAUGUGUGUCAAUACUGUUUCUUUUUCGGAAUUGUUACCAAAAUGGUAAGAGCUAAUGGAUCAAAUUAGAUUUCAGCAGAAACAGGUGGUAAAGUAAUGCAUUAUUACAUCAGACUAAAACCCACUUUGACUCCAAAGACUAAGUAAUUUCCAGCUUAAUUCUGAUGGAUGCUUGCAUGAAAUGAUUUGCUGUACUGUCUCAGUUAUUUUCUCAGAAGAAAACUGGUCACAACAAACUACUUCAUUUGUCUUUCUGCCCCUAAUGAUAAAUUAAGUUCUGCUCCAUUAUUUAUAGACUGAACCGUGCUACAUGGAAAUGUAUCCGACUGUGGCAAGGAUUUAAUCAACUAAAUCACCUUGCCACUAAAGAUCUGAUUAAUGGUUGAUUUUUUUCUUGUUAACUCUGUGGUACUUUGUGUUGUAUUGUGUUCUCAUACGUUUUAGUUGCAUAAAGUUGUACUUUGGUUUAUACUAGUUUCCCCCUGUUAUAAUGGUUCUGCCCCUGCUGCCUCCUCCCUCCUUUUUAUGUCAAUCUCCCUACCUGUUCCCCAAAAGUGGCUGAAUCCUUCCCUUAACCCCUCCCCAGCAUCCUGUCCAUCACUCUACGGCCCAUCCCCUCCCUCUAGAAACUUCUACAAAGGGCGUUGAGUGAUAGGUUCAGGCACCGGGACCCCUCCCUCGGCUGGCCCUUAUUGGCUCCCCUACCUGCCUGUUUCCCUGGUCCCCACGCCCUCCUGUAUCCCCAUUGGCAGGUGGGCAAACCCUCCCUGGUCUGCUCCCCCCCUUUAUAACACCCUGCACACUCCAAAUUGCCAUUUUCAGUUGGCUGCUGCUGCUGGAUUUGGGCUCUGCUUUGAGCUCUGCAAUAAACCUGGGCUUUGGCCCCGAUUGGGGUCCCCUCUCCUCCUUCUCCCUAAGUCAUGCUGCUGUCUCAUCCCAAAGGUGAAAGGCUCAGCUGCUCUCCCAAGCUCCCGAGGAACAGGGGAGUGUCCCCUGCAGCUCGCUGUGCCAGAGCAAGCCAGGGUGGCUCCGAGCACCCACUCGGAGAGGCACUGCUGCAGCUUUGUAAAUCUCUUCCAGGUUUUAUGAAACCUCCAAAAUCAAAAUGUUCAGUUCGAAGUCUGUGAACAGUUGUUUGAUUGCUUCAGUGAAGACACAGUAGCUGAGUUACCUCAGCAGAGAGAAAAUUCCCUUCAUAAAUUUAAAUGCUGUUGACUAAAAAGUGACCACCUAAAACCUCCUAGGAACCGCUUUCUAUAGCAGAAUUUCGGUGGCCAAUACUAGAUCUUGACAGCUAAGUAGCAGGGAGAAAAACUAGAAAUAAAAACAGAAGUAAAGGGUACUAUUGCAGCAUAGACAUGCUGAUUCAUAGUCUAUGUAUAAAUUCCAAAGCUGUAAGCCUAGAAUCGGGGCUGUGUUGAUACUGAAUUCUGGUGCCGUAAAAGGCAACAGGAAGCCUGUUUGUCUGGCAAAGUGAGGUAUGUAUUUCAAAAACAUACCUGAGAUUUUUACCUUCGUUCAGAAUGCCUGUCUCAGUUGACCUGAGUUUGGCCACAUGUAUGGUUUUGUGCAUUUAAGUUGAACUAAAUCUUGAAAUUACAAGAUUAUGGCUGAAGUAAUACACACCUCAAAGGGUGCCCCACAGUUGCAUCAGUGACCUGAAUAAUAGUGGGAAUAAUUUGGAUUUUUUCUCUGAAGCAAACAAAAAUACCUUGUCUCCACUCCUUUUUGUUAUUACUAGUCAAGACUGAUUGGCCUCAGUACUGCUGCAGCCUCCAGUUCAUGAGUGAUAUUGACCAGCUAAGAGCUAAUCUUAUCAGCUGUUUUUGACAGACUCAAGUAGAGUGCUGAAAUACUUCAUGUGUCCAAACAGAUACAAUGGAAUUGUUUAAAGAUCUACAAAUGCAAAUUAAAAUGGUGACCUGGGUUCAGCUCUGCCAACUUCUGUGAUUUUUAAAUGAGUAAAGAAAACUUGGUAAAAAAAUAGUUUACAAUUUAAA